AUGCCUAUGUGGCCAGGAACGCCGCAAGCGCCAGGCGUCCCCCCGCCGCCGACGCCUGCGUCCUACGCAUAUCCUGCCAAUCCCGCCUUUGUCCAAGUCCAGGUUCGACAGGGCUUCGGCCAAUACGUGCCUCCCCCCCCUCCACAGUUUCCCGGAUUCGCGCCUCCACCGCCCUCCCCCGUGGUCGCCGAGCCGCCGCCUGCCCAAGUUCCAACGGCCGAACAGCCCAAGGGCAAGACGGCAUGGCCAGAGUCUGUCCGCCGCUAUGUCCAAAGAUCCUUCUUGACCCAGAAUGACGACGCCACCAUCCCCCGCGCCGACGUGGAGAAUAAACUGAAGGAGACGAUCGGCGUAGCCAAGGACAACGGCACCCUGUAUACGAUUGACUGGGACAAGGUGCCCCUACCCCAAGCCCUCGUGAAACUCGAACGGGAAGCGCAUCUGAACGGGAGCGCCUCGUCCGCAUCGCCUCUCUCGUCGGAGUCGGCGACGUCCAAGAAAAGAAAAUCGUCCGAAUUCGCAAACGGUGACGCUCCUCUGUCGCCCUGGCGCUCUACUAACCCUCGCUCUCUCGAAAGCCGUGUAUCGUAUCCAUCCCUUCUCAGCCGAACAUCUGCCGAUGAGCCCGUGACGAAACAGAGUAAGUUGCAGAAGGAGGCGGCCAACAGGCGGAAGCGGCGAUUCGAGAACGAAUAUAGAGCCGUCCAUAGAUCACCAACGCCACCGCCGUCGACGGGGCCCAUAGUUGGGACGUCCCAAGUGCUGGAGAAGAGGUAUCUGCGCCUCACGGCCCCGCCGGUGCCUUCCAACGUGCGGCCCGAAUCCGUUCUUCGCCAAACGUUGGAUCUUCUCAAGAAGAAGUGGCGCAAGGAGGCCAACUACUCCUACGUUUGCGACCAGUUCAAGUCCAUGCGCCAAGACCUCACCGUGCAACGAAUCAAGAAUGAAUUCACCGUUUCCGUGUAUGAGAUUCACGCCAGGAUUGCCCUGGAGAAGGGGGACAUCGGUGAGUAUAACCAGUGCCAGACGCAGCUUCGAUCCCUCUACGAACUGGGCCUCAAAGGAAAUCCCUUUGAGUUCAAGGCGUACCGCAUUUUGUAUUUCAUCCACACCGCCAACCGGUCCGGGUUGAACGACACGUUGGCGGCCUUGACGGCAGCGGAGAAGGAGGAGCUGCCGAUCAAGCAUGCCUUGGCGGUGCGCUCCGCCCUCGCCCUGGGCAACUACAACAAGUUCUUCCAGCUGUACCUCGACACACCCAACAUGGGGGCAUAUCUCAUGGAUAUGUUCGUCAUGAGGGAACGUCUCGCGGCGCUGUGCAACAUCUGCAAGAGCUACAAGCCUGAUGUGAACCUUCGCUUCCUGACGGAGGUGCUUGCGUUCGAGUCUGAUGCCGAUGCCGCCCAGUUCAUCAUCGACCAGCAAGGCCAACACCUCCUUGAGGAUCGUCAAAGCCAUAUUUCCUUCCUCACGGGCAAAGCCGGCUCCGUCUUCGAAGCGGCCAAGACGACGGCGUUUCGCAAAGUGGACAUCAAGGGGCAGAUCUGA